AUGGGGAUUUCAGUCGCCAAGGAAUUGGAGGGCGAGUGCUUGAGUCUCCUUUUGCAGGUGGGAGUUGUGCCAGGUUCGCGGCUCGAGGUGAUGGAGGAGAUGGCGGAGUUGAAGCAAUCAAUAGUCUCAACUCGCCAGAUUGAACAGUCAUCAGAGAACUGCCGAAUACACAUCGGCGACUAUGACUAUAGUGAGUGUCUCUAUGAAUCCCAGCUUGCUGUGUUGUCUGCUCUGGACUCUCUUUGGUUAAGUGGUGAUCGAGAGCUAAAUCUCUUCGAUGCCACCGCACCACCGCACCACCUCCAACCUCACACCACGAGCAGGUCUGUAUCAUCUCAAUUUUUCCUCUUCAGAUUCAUAUUAGAGGUGGUUACUCCAUUUGUCUCCCUUUCUAUUCUGUCCAAACCUGAUGCAAUUAGAUGUUGGGUCAUAGCUUGA